UGCCGUGACCGCGGUGGUGACAGUACUGGUGGUGGUGGAGGCGGUGACUGUGUUGAUAGCCGACAAGAGCCGACACUCAGUCAACGCACACAAGUUAUUAGAGUGAAGCAAAAAAAUGUGACUUGUAUUUAAGCGAAAGGAUACUAAUUGAAAAGUGACAGCGAGGAAUUUAUUGACAGAUUACUGCUUCUUUUCGUGACAUUGUGGUGGUGAGUGGCGUGGUGACAGGUGGUGAUAUGCAAAGGUGACACUGAGCGAAGGCAACACGCACCACGGACAUGCUUCCUCUAAGCGCCCAACCACACUGAGACGCAUAGGCGAGGAAGUUGCAGAAAAGACGGGGAGAAAGAGAAAAAAAAAGAAACAAACGUGACUUUAUAACGUGAAGGAAUACACACUCAAGAGGAGUGCAGGUGUGUGCGUACGUGUGUUGUCCACAGGUGUGUGUGUGUGUGUGUGUGUGUGUGUGUGUGUGUGUGUGUGUGUGUGUGUGUGUGUGUGUGUGUGUGUGUGUGUGUGUGUGUGUGUGUGUGUGUGUGUGUGAUAGCAUACACAAUACUAGAAAACAGCUGUGCGAUAAGAGAAAUUACCUGCACAAAAUUAAAGGCGAAGUCGACGGUAAGAAAAAUUUCAUCACAUGAGAAAAUACAAGGCACGGCAACAGAAAAUCCACGCCGGUGUAAAUGAGUAACUAAUCAAUAACAAUAAUCAGUGCGUAUAUAAAACAAAACUCUGAAUACACAAAUAUCAUUGAGCGUUGCAUGCGUAACAUCAAGAAGACAGCAGACCACUAAGGAUAGCAUAGACAAUAAUACAGCGAAGAAACUCGUAAGCGUGUCCGCCGCCGCGUCUUAAGUUGAAGAGGAACACACCAGGAGUCAGUUUUUCACGCGCCGCAGGCUACAAAUAUUUGGUCAUGAGUCUAAACACGCAUCGUCAAACCUAUUGAUAAAAGAAAAAAUAUGUGAACGGACAAAAGAACAAGAAAAAUUAUCACAAAAGCCACGUAACGGUAGCGCUCACAACUAAAACACUGCACAUUGGAUAGCAGCGGCAAGGGACACACGGAGCGCAUCACGGCCACAGCGGCACGUGAAUAGGACACAUGAACACAAGGCCGUGCUCGGUGAAAUACUAUAAACAAAGGUAACAUAAAAAGAAGGAAAACAGUGAUAAGAACACGAGGACACGUCAUCCCUGCCGCCACGUUACCAUGUCGCUGGAGAACAGACCGCUGUUUGGCGAGGUAGGGAGAGACUGUGAAUGUCCGCCCGCCACGCCCCCGCAUCCGCCGCCCGCGCCCGAACCUGUAGGUGUGGGAGUGGGCAGCGGCUCCUCCGGCCACCCACACCGCCCACACUUCUCCAUCAGCUCCAUCCUGGGUCUGGACACCACCACACAGAGGUUGCAUCCCAGAGACCAAAGCCCGACGACACCCACCGCCACCACGUACACUCACGCCCACCCGCCCACGCAAGUGUACACCAAAAGGAGAACCCCACGCCACCCUAUAGCCAUGGAAGGCCGCCCACACCCACCUUUACACACAACAGACCGCCUACACCCACGUACGACCACCACCGAUCCUCCUCGCCCGCCUAUACUCACACCCGCUCAUCCACGCCCAUAUACACCCACACAAGGCCAACCACGCCCACAUACACGCACUCGAGAUCCUCCCCGCCCACUCAUACUUCAAGCCGGUCCCCUCAUCGUCCAUCCACGCCCACUUACUCCCUCUACCUGGGUGGGAGCAGCCAAGAUCCCCCCACACAGCCGCCCAACGAUCACGCCCACGACAGCAUCCUGGACGACAGCCUCGAGGACGGGGCUUCAGGAGACGAGGACGAGGAUGAGGACUCUACGGGAGAUCCUGGUGUGGGCGGGGAGGAGCACGGCCGCCCACACUCCCCAGACUCACACCACCCCUCCGCCUUCGUCCGUCCCACACCUCUCCACCCACGCCCGGAGCUUGACAGUGUGGAGGGCAUGGUCGGGGGUCUGGGGGGCGGUGCUGCGGGGUUGGGUAGUGUCGGGGGCGCGCUGGGUAGCCCUAUCAGCCACGGCGCCCACUUCCCUCCACUGUGGUACCCGCCGUGGGUUGCCGCCUUCAAGCCAAUGUUUGGGCUUCAAGCGCCCCGCCCCACAGGCCGCCGCUCACGCAAGCCCGGGGUGGACCGCAAGCCUCGCCAAGCAUACAGUGCCAAGCAGCUUGAGCGCCUGGAAGCAGAAUUCAAGAUCGACAAGUACCUGAGUGUGUCCAAGCGGCUCGAGUUGUCCCAGGCCCUCUCCCUCACCGAGACGCAGAUCAAGACGUGGUUCCAAAACAGACGAACCAAGUGGAAGAAGCAAAUGGCAGCACGCAUGCGCCUCGCCCAGCGCCAGGGUCUCCUUCCCCCACAUCUGUAUCCUGCCCUACCGCCCAUACCCCCUGUGUUGGGUCCCUACUACCCAAUGGCGCCCCCAGCCCACGGCCAUCUCGUCCCUCCCCCGCCCCUCCUCACUCCCCUCUCUCCGCCAGAUCCCCCCUUCUCUGCACACGAGCCUGCCACCUCAUAGUUCACCACACAUUGGGAAUAAAACAUCCUCUCUCUCUCUCUCUCUCUCUCCACUUGGUUUACUGUUCACGCCGCCGCCCUCUGAUGUGAGAUGAACGGUGUAUGAACUGGUGUCUCAGUCCUCCCAGCAACGUAAGAAGCAAUGGCCGCUGAUUCGUGUGUUUGCCGCCCAAAUGAGACGAGAUAGUUCCACACCCGUCCUGCCUCACUGCAGAUUCACAGGUCUACUACAGCCUCACCACAGCUCAUUGCAGCCUCUCCACAACAUCCAGCCGUAGCCUCAACAUGGAUCAAUCUACCACAGCCCAGCAAGAGCCCCAUCCAAGCUUCAAAAUCUCGACACAGCCUCACCGGGUAUCGAAGCUUCACAACCACGCCACAACGCAUUAGCUUCUCCAGAGCAGCUCAGCCACAACCGCAACCCUAAUUCUCUAUAACACGAUUAAUUUACCUCGGCAUUCAACACAACCAUAUUGUUUAUCCACACCUCACCGUCACUGCAGUCCUCUCACUCACACUCUCAAGCAGUCUUUCCACAGCCUCGCCACAGCCAAUUUGAUUCUUCCCCACAGCCUUGCCACAGUACACCUCAAUUCAACGCUUAGCCUCAGAGCAUAAUCAUAGUAAUACCACAGCCUUAGUCCCUACCACAAGGCAACAACUUACCACAACCUCACCAGCCCCGCCCCUGUCCUGCCCAGCUGCCAGUCACUUGUUUCUCACCAGUAAUGUCCGCUCCCUAAGCCAAUGUUGUGCUAGAGAGAAGAGAGGAGAGCAGAAUGGAGUCCACAGGCUAGUGUGAAAUAAUAACAAUAAAAUGAAAAGACUGAAAGUGAAGCAAAGCAGUGAUUCAGAGGUCACUUAUCGCCAUUGGAAAGAGGGAAUUGUUCAGUCCUACUUGGUUACAAUCCUUGUUUUACACUGGUGUCUGGUUUUGUGGAACCUGAGAAUAUACCAGUAGAACAUAUACAAUAAUAGUCUCCCCAACAAGGCAGUGUGGACGCAGGCCAGUGUUCACGGCAUGCGCAGAACUGGAUUUAGGUCACGUGCGUCCCGCGUCACCUCACAACACCUCACUCACAGUUUACCAGAAAAAUAUAAUUUUCUUUUAUAUUCGUCCCCCAGGCCUACGGCCGCUUUCCCCAUGUCUGGCGUACCUUUUCCAUGUCUCGGCGUGAUGAUGGCACUGCAAAGAAC